AAAGACAGCAAGAGAAAGCUCAGAAGGCCGAUAAGAGCAAGCCUUGUUUGACUCCACCAUAUAUAUUCAUACCUCCCUCAACUACUCCACCAUCACCAACACAUCUUCCGUUCCUUUCCUUACAUUCCAAUCCAAACCCUCUCAAAUUCUCAAAUUUCAUCUCAACAAUGGCCGAGAGAUCCAACUUUGCGCAGACAUGCAACCUCCUCAGCCAGUACUUGAAGGAGAAGAGAAGCCAGUACCUCCAGGGCGACAGCUUCGGAGUCAAGCCGGUUCCCCCGGCCACCAUGAACUUGCUCAACGCCAUGGAGGCCAGCCCGGCACCACCGGCUGCCAAUCCGGAUCAGCCUAGAUCUGCUCCCAUGACUAUCUUUUACGGCGGCCAGGUGCUCGUCUUCAGCGACCUUUCGCCGGAGAAGGCCAAGGAGAUCAUGGGGUUGGCUACCCAAGGAAGCCCUGUUGUUUCUUCAAGUGAGUCUAAUGUUGUGGUGAAACCACAGCAAGUGAAACCACAGCAGCAACAACUGCAACCGCCUCCGGCUAUUGCCUCGGAUUUGCCUAUUAUGAGAAGGGCUUCGCUUCAUAAGUUUUUGGCCAAGAGAAAAGAGAGAGUUGUUGCGGUAGCUCCAUACCAAGUGAACCACAGCCAGCAGAGAGCGACGUCUCCCAAGGCGGAGGAACAAGUAGCAGGGCAAAGUUCAAAGCAGCUUGAACUCAGGCUAUAGGGAUUUAAAUUUGGCGCUCGAUCUGAUUAGAUUUUAGACUUUUAUAUAUAUGGGUUUUGUAAAGGAGGAGAGGCUUAUGAUCUUAACUGAUCUGGGUCUCUGUUCUUGUUAUGGAACCCAAUUUAUUCUUACAACAAAAUUGAAUUUUUGUAAUUAUUUGUUUGAUCAAUCAAUAUAGGUUGAUCCAUUUAUGAAGAUUAUGAUGAUACUAUCUGGUAUGUAAUCAAAUUUCUUUCAUGAAGCAAGUUUUGUUUCGUGGAGGAAAGGUAGGCUAAAGUUUUGCCUCUCGAUC